UACUGAAGGUGUUGUCGCACUUCCGGGAUGAUCCACCUGACGAGCACGGGACGUGACGUCAUCCAGGUUUUAACCUCCGGGCAGAGAGAGAGAGAGAGGGGAGCUGAUCAGUCAUCAAAGUAGUGAUUCUCAAAGUUUAGCUGCAGAUGGGAUUUAGUUAAAUGUGACUUUACUGAGAGUCGGUGCCGGUUUUGUGUUGUAUUUAUUUAUUUUUAUUUUUUAUCUAUUAUCUCUUCAUGUUCGGACUUGAACGCAUCACCGUGACGAGUAACAGCAGAUAAACACACUCGAGUUUGUAUUUAUUUAUUUUCUAUCCUUUGCUUUUUGUUUUCGGAGCUGAGCCCUUCAAACCCGCUCAUGGAGUCUGCAGAGACGAGAGUCAGUCAGAGGCGUUCCCCUCUCGACCUCAUCAUGAGCCAGAUCCGCAGGAAACGCACGGCCGCAGACAGGAAGCCGCUGGGACGCUUCCUGUCCCGAGACCGGACGGGGAUCCCUGAGGACGGGGAGGCGGAGGGCAGGGAGGAGAGAGGACAGAGCUCAGGUGUUGCCGUGGCAGCGGAGAGCGAGCGGGACGUGGGCUGGGGGGGGGUGUGUGUUUUCCUGCAGAGGUUGGGGAAGAAGAGCGACAGCCGGAGCCUCAGCCUGGCCCACUGUGACCUCACUGCUACAGACCUGCUGGAGCUAGCGACGUUGCUCCAGUUUCUCCCCCAGCUGGAGGAAGUGGACAUCUCGUGGAACGAUCUGAUUGGCGGAUGCCUGAAAGCGCUGACCUCUCACCUGCAUCAUGUGGGCGGGAUCAGGAAGCUGAGGCUCUGCAGCUGUAGGCUCGACACCGAUGAUGUCGCUGCUCUGGGUGAAGCUCUCGGCAGCGUGCUCCUCUUGGAGAUCCUCGAUUUGUCCUGGAACAGUGGCAUCCGGGGCGGCGCUUUGCAAGGCCUGCUGGGUAAACUUCCCCCGCCACUGAGGGAGCUCCACCUGGUGGCCUGCCAGCUCACUGCAGCUGAUGCUGCUGUACUGGGAGGAAUGGUGUCUUCUCUCCCCAAACUCUGUGUGUUGGACGUCUCCUGUAAUCCUCAGCUCACGCAGGAAGUUGAUGCCGGCGGCUUCAGAGCGCUGGCCUCCUCUCUCUGUCACACUGCCUCGCUCACCACGCUUCGCUUACAGGCCUGCGGUCUGACGGCGGACAGCCUCGAUGCUCUCGGUGGUUCGCUCCGCUGCCUCCCCGCUUUGCAAGAGUUGGACCUGUCCUGUAACAAAAGUCUGGCUGGAGGACUGAACCGCCUCACGCUCCACCUGACUCACCUCACGCACCUGGAGAGCCUCGACCUCCACCUCUGCUGUCUCAAACACACCGACCUGGAAGCUCUGAUCCAGGUGCUCCCCUCUCUGACGGCGCUGACGGAGCUUGACCUGUCGUCCAAUAAGGAGGCAGGGGGAGUGGUCCACCCGCUGGUCUCCGCCCUUCCUCUGACACAGAUGAGGCGUUUGCCGCUGAACAGCUGCAGCCUGAACCAGGAGUCCUUCACCGCUCUGGCUCUGGCCGUGCCGUACCUGCGCAGCGUGGAUGUGUCCUGGUGUAAAGUGGUUGGCGGGCGUCUGGCGCUGCUCCUCGACGCUUUGCAGCCAUCAGUCAUCCUGGAGCUCCGCCUCAGCAGCUGUGAGCUCACUACCGAUGACCUGCAUCACCUAGCUGCCGUGUGCAGACGGGGCUGCCUGUCCUCUCUGCGGCUGCUGGAUCUGUCCUACAACGGCUCGGUCGGCGAUGACGGCUGGACCGCCCUGUUGGCAGCAGGAGGCCUGGGCUCGCUGGAGGAAGCGGACCUGAGCCUACGACCCUCGUCCUGCGCUCCGUGUUCGGCCUGGCUACCGGCGCUGCUCGGUGCUCUGCCUCGACUUCCCGCGCUGACGCGCCUGGCGCUGCAGCGCUGGACCAUCGGCUCCCGGGACAGAAAGCAGCUGGACCACUGCCUGAGGAAGAGGAGCGUCCUGCUGGAGUGGGAUCCGCCCAAUACAGACGGGGCAGCGUCGUCGUUUAAGGCGACCGAUCAGGAAAGUCCGGAGGAGAGUCGGUCUGAAGAGUAGGCAUCCAAAACUCAAAAGCUGCUUAUCUGAUGUCAUACGUCACUAAUGAAGGAAUUAAAAAGCAUCACCAGCACUCUGAGAUUUAAACAGAGACACGUAUAGUUAUAAUAUUCAAGAGAUUUCUUUCUUUGUCAUUUUUAUGCUCCACAUGAAAACAAAAUUGUGUUUCACCCAUCCACCAGUCAGUGAAUAAAUCAGUGCAAGACGGAAGACUUUAAAAUGAUAAGCUCAUAAAUAAAAGCACGUAAUAAAGAAACUAAGAUUACACUAAAAUAGAACAAAAUAAGUAGUUUUGAUAAUAUU